CCUGCAGAGGUGAUAGCUAUUUCGGCAGUUCCGGAAUGUUCGUGCAAAGCGCCGAGUAUGACUGCUCCUUGGUGAGAAAUUAUGGAAUCACGUCUCUCGCUAAACGGAGUCACCAUUCCCAGAGCGCACUGCUGGGCGCAUAUUCCCAUCAGCACUAUGUAUUGCCAAUGGACACUUUAAGAGAAGAUCAAAAAAGUUGCGUAUCCGAGCAGCCUGUUGCCCGACCUUCGUUUCUAAGUCCUUUGUCAUCGGGCGGUGAAGUCUCUAUGAAUCCCCACUACCGUCCAGACAGUAUCGGGUGUAAAGAGACUGUGGACUCCUGCACGUACACUCAGAUGACAGACAUCAGUCGCUCCAACCGACUCCGAGAUCCCGAGGAGGACAUGCCAAGUUCGCGCCUUCAAUACGCGGGCGAAAACACACUCCAAAUCAGCGGGUUAAAGUCGGGGUUUCCAUCCGUCCAUGUACCUGACCCUGAGACGCUCGCUGCGCAAUCUAUCACCAACACCUGCAAAGUCAGCUUGAACUCCAGUUCACACGAAUUUAAAAGCGGCGACAGUGACUCGCCUAAAAGACUAUCAGAGAAGGAGAAUGUUCUCAAGACGGACUGUAACACAGAUAAUUCAGACAGCGAGGUGAAAGAUGAAUCAAAACCGGAGAUGGUAGCAAGUAAUUGGCUCACCGCGAAAAGUGGGCGAAAGAAGAGAUGUCCAUACACCAAAUAUCAGACACUGGAGCUUGAGAAAGAGUUUCUCUUCAACAUGUAUCUUACUCGUGAGCGCCGCCUGGAGAUCAGCAAGAAUAUCUCACUCUCCGACCGGCAGGUUAAGAUUUGGUUCCAGAACCGACGAAUGAAGUUGAAGAAAUUCCACCGGGAGAGCAGAGUGCGAGAGCUAACAUCGAGUUAUGACUACACCUGAGCAGCACUCUCAAACACACCUUUCCAUUUAUAAAUGUUCACUUAGCUCCCUGUAGGAAAUUAUGCAAACAGAAUCAGUCACAGUAACCCAAGAGAAAUAAAGUUACCACAUUGUCUACAACUGAGUUUUCCCUCUUUUCAUACUAGAAUGUGGCGCUUCCUGUAAUAGAUAUGAACAUUAUACCUUGCGUUUUGUAUUUGCCUGAUGUGUAAAGUGAAACGCCAGACGGGCCUAUUUGCUCUGGAUAAACUUGGGCUCGUGAAUGUUUAAAUAUUUGUCGGCAGUAGUUUAAGAUGUAAUGAGACUAGUAUACAUUGUACGAUUAUAAUCUUAAUGUUCAUAUGUAUCUGUUUUACGAUUAAGUAUUAUGGUUUCGUCUUUGUUGCUUGCGUAUCUGGCAUAGAAAUUGGACUAUCCCCUUGUGUACUUUGAAUGAAAUGCAUGCAUGCACUUCUUUGGCACAUCUCCUAAAUGAUUCAAAUAUUUGAAACGAUGAGGGGCCUGUUUGACAAGAAA